AUGGCGCCGUUCCCCAUCGGCACGGCGGGCGUGCCCUGGGGUGCAGGGGAGCGCGCCGAGUGGAGGGCGACCCGCACGGUUCAGCGCUCCUACUUGGACGAGGACGAGGCCCGGUACCCUCUCUUCUCAGUGCGGAGCCGGAAUUGGUCGCCCAGCAAACCAUCCGUUCUCGUCACUGGUGGGGUGCACGGCUACGAGACAAGCGGCGUCCAGGGCGCCAUCCGGUUCCUGCAGGAGAAGGGCGAGACGUACAGCGAGGUGUUCAACAUCCUCGUGGCGCCGUGCGUCAGUCCGUGGGGCUAUGAGACGAUCCAGCGGUGGAACCCGCAGGCUGUGGACCCGAAUCGCGCUUUCAAUCCCGACGGCGAGGUGGUGCCAGGGCGCUCGUUCAACCCAGAGGCCGCGACCGAGGAAUCAGCCGCGCUCAUCGCCUUGCUGAAGAGGCUCGACGUCGAGCAGUGGACUUGCCACGUCGACCUGCACGAGACGACCGACACAGACGAGAGCGAGUUCCGCCCGGCAAAGGCGGCUCGCGACGGCGUCGAGCACAAGCCGGGUACCAUCCCCGACGGCUUCUACUUGGUGUCGGACUCGACCAACCCGCAGGAGCCAUGGCACAAGGCGAUCAUCGACGCGGUGCGGGGCGUGACCCACAUCGCGCCGCCGGACGCGGACGGCAAGAUCAUCGACGAGGAGGUCGUGCAGGAGGGCGUGAUUGCGAUCCCGUCGCCCAAGUCGAUCGGGCUCUGCGCGGGCGUGACCAACGCGGAGUACGCCACCACGACCGAAGCGACGGAGGACCAGUGCAACCUCGCGCAGGUGACCGCGGUCUCCGCGGCGCUCGACUUCAUCAUCGAGGCGCGGGCGCUGCGCGCAGGCGCCUGGGCCCCCGCCGCGGCCGAGGCGGCCCGCGGGGCCCGGUGCCUGCGGUGGCUGCCAGAGGGCGAGGCGUACCCCUGCGACGUGGCCGUGACGCCGGACGAGCUGCUCGCGUGGCGGGACGGGCUGCGAACGCAGGUGCCCCUGGAGCUCGUGGUGGACGCCCACGGCGCAGGCGCCUGGUGCCGCGCGGCGCUCCGGCGGCGGCUGCGGGGGCGGGCGCUGGCCGCGUGCCCGCCCGAGGGCCGCGCGCAGAAGCGGGCCGACGGCUCGGCCUUCACGAGGUGGCUCGUCGAGGGCUCCGCGCACUCGCCCGGCGCGGCGUGGGCCCCGCGCCAGGAGAUUGAGAGCAUCGCGCAGAACGCGAAGUACGAGGCGCAGGGGGCUGCUGCCGCGGCCUCUGAUGUUCAGGCGGCUGCGGAGACAGUACAGCAGGAAUUG